GGAAUAGAACUUCAAGAACCUAUAUUGUUGCAUAUUGAAUAAUACUUUACCUCCUUAAAACAUGCUAAAAUCGCCUGGGAACCAAUCCCUCAUUGUCUAUAUUUCAUUUUAAGAUAUUUUAAACACUGAUAUUCAUUUACUUUUGUAUGUUUUAAGAACAUCCAUCAACGAUUUUUUCCCUGUUAUUUCACCCUCAAAAUAAGUUAGCAACUUAAUUAAUAAUUAUAUGUAAUGUUUUUAUGCAUUGUUUGGGACGAUUUUUGUGCCGUGAGUGGCUUUGGCUUUUGCUAAAUUAACAAUAAGUUAGAAAAAAAGUAUAGUUGUGUAUCAUGCAUAUUCUAAAUAGCAAUCAGAGAAAUUCGAACAUAAUUUUUUUAACUGUUGAGAGAUUUAUUAUUAACACAUAUUUUAACCUUAAAAUGAAUUUGUUAUCUCCUCACCGACAAACGAAUUAUUGUUAAACUGUAUAUGUAUAUGCAAAAUGAUAACUAGAGCUAUGUUUAUAGUAAUCUCUACAUUCGUAUUAAGUAAAUAAUGGUGUAUUAUACUCACAAAAUGAUUAGCUAAUGAGAUUCGACAAUUAGAUUUAUUGAAAUUGUUGACAUCAUGAAAUUAUUUUAAAAAUGCCAGCAGAUUCAGAGAAAACUUCCUUGCUAACAGAGCACCAUGAAACAAGCAAUGUGUCGUCAGAUGUCGGAAAUACAUGGAUAUUGCCGAAUAAUGGCAGUGGAACAAGCAAUGUGUCGUCAGAUGUCGGAAAUACAUGGAUAUUGCCGAAUAAUGGCAGUGGAACAAGCAAUGUGUCGUCAGAUGUCGGAAAUACACGGAUAUUGCCGAAUAAUGGCAGUGGAACAAGCAAUGUGUCGACAGAUGUCGGAAAUACACGGAUAUUGCCGAAUAAUGGCAAUGGAACAAAGAACGUGUCGUCAGUGGUCGGAAAUACACGGGGAUUGUCAAGAAACGGAAAAUCUUUUUUAUACACGGAUCUGAAAGUCUCUGAAAGCACAUCACUGUUAGAUAAUACACCUGUCAUGCCAGAAAAUAAAACAGAAACAAAUAAAGUACAAGUGUCAGAAAAAGACAACAGCAGACAUAUACAAAAUACUUUCAGUUCAGAAAGUCCGACAUUAAAAUCUAGAUUUUACAUUACAAUUAGUAUAAUUCUUAUCGUUUUUAAAGGUUGCGAGGAAAUGGCUGCAGUGACAUUAAAACAGUUUGUAUAUUCAUGGUGUGAAAAUGAAACGGUGUCAUCUGGCGACUUUCAUCGUUCAAAUGAGACACAUGGAAGCAACUCGACAGAUCCUUGCGGUCAAGUUGGAUCAAAGGUUACUGAGUCCGAGGCACAAAAAAUGGCAUCACGAUUGGAGCUAUAUUUUAAUCUGUUAAAUGCAUUAUUAGUUUUCUUUUCUGUAUCCAUCUUCGGUACCAUGUCCGAUUAUUUUGGCAGGAAACCUUUCCUGUGUUUAGCUUUAUUAGGCUAUGCUUUAAAAUGUGGAACAAUAGCAGUAGUUAUAUAUUUUGAUUUACAUAUAGUCUGGAUAUUAUUGGCUUAUGGCAUUGAUGGACUUGGCGGUUCAAGUUACGCUGUUAGUGCGCACACAUACGCAAGCACGGCUGAUAUUACUCAAAGAUCUGGGUCAAGAAUUAUAGCCAUUGCAAUUAUGGAAAUGGUGCUAGGAAUAGGAAAAUUCUCUACACAAUUUGGAAAUGGUUAUUUCAUACAUAAGUAUGGUUAUUUCUAUCCGAUGCUGACUGUAACUGUUGGUUCAUCUUUCUGUGUCUUGUUUACUUUAUUAGUAUUUAAAGAAACAAAUAUUGCUGCAAUGGACUUUCAGCAAACAAAAUCUCAUAGACCUACAUGUACUCUGUUAGUGAAGAGAUACGUCAGUUUUUAUGUUAAAACCGGAAGUAGGAGGGAUAGAACCGUUUUCUGGAUAUGUCUUACCGUUUUUGUGCUGUUUGAAAUAGGGCUGCAAGGUCGAUCAGAUCCAAUCGUGCUUUAUCAACUAGGAAGCCCAUUCUGUUGGUCCUCUGAGGAAAUAGGGUUGUAUGGGGCUGUGACCAUUGCUCUAUGGUAUGUGGUAGGUUGUCUGUUACUGAAACCACUGCAGUUCUGUUUGUCCACAAACACUAUAGCCUGUUUCGGAAUUUUAUCAGCUAUUAUUUACAAUGUUGUUACCGGUCUGGCACAAUCAACGUUAUGGAUUUUUAUAGCGGCAGGUUUUGGACUUAUUAUGAUCCUCCCUAAACCAGUCCUUAGAGGGUUAGCAUCAACAAGAGCAUCAGAAACAGAGCAAGGUGCCAUGUUUGCUGGUCUACAGUCCUCUGAGCUGAUCUGUAAAAUGAUAUCAAGCCCUGGUUCCCUCAGCAUAUAUUCAGCUACACUUGACACAAUAAAGGGAAUGAUAUUCUUUGUUUUAGCAGGAUUUGACGCAAUGGCUCUAAUAUUUAUGAUCUUUCUGACAUAUAUUUUGAGAGAACAGACGAAAGAGCCAAGUUAUACUGUCAUUCAGACAACAAGUUGAAGCACAAGGAUUCUCAACGAGAGUAAUCUCCGAGCGUUAGUAUCAUCCGUUUGCUGGGUGUGGCUAUGUACUUAGAGGCAGAAGGUCAUAAUUACUUAUAACUAAAGAAGACACUUACUACAUUCUGGCACUAAGACUUCGAAAUUAAUUGUACAUCGGUACUUGAAGUGUUAUUAAACAUUUUAUUUUAGAAAAUAUUGGUCUUUGCUUGUAACUUUACAUGUUAAAUGUAUGUACACUAAAAUGUCAAAUUUGUAAGGUAUCGGCGACUCUUUGCUUUUGGAUAUUUUUUACAUGAACCACUUUUUGGGUUAACUCACAGACACAGAUUUGUUCACAUUUUAUUUCGUUUAAUGCGUCUUGCUGAUGUUGUAUAUGUCUGCGACGUUCCGCAUUCGGAAAGUAUGUUCGACUCAGUGCUGCCUUUAUAAUAAAGUACACAUUCAGUAAAACUGUUUCAGCAAAAAAA